AUGCCCAAAGAAAUUAAAAAACAAAAAGAACGUAAAGUUUACUCAGAACCUUCGUUAGAACAAAUUACAGCAUUAAAAAAAAGAGCUGUUGUUGAUAAUACACACAAAUCUACUCAAAAUUGGCUAAAACAAUUCGAAUUAUAUCGUCAAGAUACAAAUCUUCCAGGAACUAUUGAAGACAUUGCUGAUGUUAAACAAUUAGAAGAUGAGCUUAUUAAAUAUUUUACAGUUAUGAGAAAAAAUAAUGAAACUCCUUAUUCAAUCAGUUCAAUUCAUUUAUGGACUGUUUUAAAUGGAAAAUUUUAUGAAUUAUCAAAACUGGGAUAUAAUGAAAUAAAGGAUUCAAAUGCUUUAACUUUAGAAGAAAUUAAAAUUAUUUUAAAUAAUUCAACUACUUCUAAAGAAUCUCCACGUGAAGCUUCUAAUUUUAUUAAACAAAAAAAUGAAGAAGGUUAUAUCAUAAAGAUUUAUAAAUCCAAGACAAAUCAAAGAACAGCAGAUUGUCCGGGACAAGCAGAAACUUUCAACAUUCCCAAUUUAUCAGAU